CCUCUUGUGUCACGCCCUGUCUGGACUCUGUGUUAUUAUUUCGUGUUUUAUUUUGAAAUUGUUUUGCUGCUUGAUCCGUACGCAUGUGUGAAAAUGCAGCUAUAAUUUAGGGUAAUGAUCAGGUUAUGAUCCAUGGUUAGGUUUGUAGGUUUGCGCAUGCGCCAAUUUGCGUAACGCUUACUUAAAAGUGCAUUUUACAGAUAAUACUUCUUUACUCAAAUUCGGUGCUUUGACUUAUGGAUCUCUGAUAGACACACAUACUCUUUAGUAAAAGGCACUAUGUAAGGUUGUGUGUCUAAUCCACAAAUGGUUGCUCUCAGAUGACCAUCGUUGGUCCAAGUCUGUCAGAGGAAAAGCAUCAGCCCGCAACUACAGUUCAUCCGUGUCACACUCAGUUACUGGGUCCAUGAUGAGUAAAAAGCUGCUGGCAGAUGUAGACUGCGGGGUGGACGAUGCUCAGGCCAUCAUGUUGGCGCUGGCCGCCCCAAACGUGGAGCUCCUGGGUAUCACUUGUGUGCAUGGAAACACCACAGUGGAGAAUGUGUGUAAGAACACACUGCGCGUUCUGCAAGCCUGUAAUAAACUCGAGAUUCCAGUGUUUAAAGGUGCUGCUAAGCCUAUCCUUGGGAAAAGGAUUGAUGCGGGACACUUUCAUGGGCAGGACGGGCUGGGAGACGCUCCUGACCCCAACGCUCCUGCUCUGGACCUGAUUCAGAAGGAGGACGCUGUGUCUGCUAUGAUCAGGAUUGUCAAUGAAAACCCCGGAGAGAUAUCUCUGGUUGCCACGGCACCCCUCACCAACCUGGCUCUAGCUGUGAUGAUUGAUCCAUCUCUACCAAGCAAACUGCGAGGGCUCUACAUCAUGGGAGGCAACACUGAAUCUCGAGGAAACACCACAGUGUGUGGUGAAUUCAAUUUUGCUGCUGAUGCUGAAGCUGCUUACAUUGUACUGAAUGACUACCAGUGUCCCAUCUACUUGAUUUGCUGGGAGUUUACCUGCUACAGCAAGCUGUCCUGGGAGUUUUGUGACGCCUGGUUGGCACAAGACACAGAUAAAGCUCGCUUCAUGGCACGGAUCUUCCGUCACAGCAUCGAGGCGUCACAAAGCGAGCGCCUCCAGAAAGAGUUUGUUGCUGGCACAGGUUUUGUUUCCUGUGACUCGUACGCCAUGGCAGCCGCCGUAGACGACUCAUUCAUCGUAGAAAGCGACCAGUAUCCAGUCAGCGUAGAGCUGACGGGCACACACACCAGAGGCAUGAUGGUAGUAGAUACUGUAGACUUACUGAAGAAGACUCACAAGGCUUUCAUCGUUAAGAAGGUGGAUAUGGAGAUGUUCAAGCAGAUGAUGAUGGCUGCUUUGAAAUGAAAGCAAGGACCGAUUUUCACUUACUGUAUAUGUAGAACUUAAUUUUAUAGAAGUUGCUUUUUAAUACAUGAAAUUAAAAUUUUAAUAGAAA